GUCUUCCAUCUCCAAUCCGACUACUCUGACGCUACCCUUCGCUCGCUUUCAAACACACUCGUCUCUCCGUCCCAUCAUCCUUAUUCUUGAGUUGAAACUCAUCCUCCCUUACACUUUUCCUCCUCCUAACUUGUGCUCCUGCCCUUGUUCAAGUUCAUCAUCUCGAUCGACUACUCUCGCAUCUUGUCCUACCUCUUGUGAUCCACAAACCAGGUCAUAUCUUUGUGGACCCAUGUCACGGCCGCAACUGGAUGAUAUGUAGAUACCUAGCCGAAUCAACAACCCACCGCCGUCGCCUUGCCCAUUUCCGUCCGACUUACGUCCGGCUGUCUGUCGACGCCACUCAACCAGUACAUCUAUCUCACCUGACGACAACCUUGCAUUUUCGAGUUAAUGGUGUUUCUUAUCAGCCUUGACUACUUGACUACCUAGUACUCCCCGACCAAAUUGUCCAUGAAAUCUGCAUUUCUACCCACGCAGUCCGCCUUCUGCACACCCAUGGUCUUGUCUUGACUUCAGCCAAGCUGUAUCUUUCGGCUACCACUUUCCAACAUCUUGGUACACCCCUCUCCCAUCUUCUCCCAAGACCUAGUUCCGAAAGGGCCCCACUACCAUACAAUUCCCCGUCGCUGAGGGAUACAUUUCAUUACCCUUGCUUGUUACUCUGGGGGAUUUCCAUUCUCAAUCCUUCACCAACUUCCACAAUGGGCUUACGAACCAGCCUCAAAAAGACCUUCGGCGGCAGUUCGUCGUCCAAGAAAAAGAUGACGCCCAAAAAGGGCAUGGCAACACUCAGGCCUGGUGAACAACUGUACACAGCCAGGACUGAUAUCGAGUACUACAAGCCCAACGAAAUCCCCCGGUCCAAAUAUAAGGGCAAGGUUGACCCUCUUCAUGCCGCCUCCCUGGCCUCCUACUCGCUCUCGGGCGCUUUUGGUCACGGCGAACCCACCAUUUUCGGAACCAGACGAAAACGAAGACACAGCGAUGGUGCCAUGAGUCCUGGCGGCACCAAGAGUCAGAGCCGCAUGACUAGCGCUGCCGCAAGUCGCGCUGCCAGUCGGGCUGCCAGUCGAGCUGCCAGUCGAGCCAACUCAACACGUCCCAGUUUAGACCCAGGCUCGAGGUUGAAGGUGGAAACCAGAGCAGCCAGCCUAAGCAGUGAGAGCAGUGAUAGUACUUCCAGCUCACGGUCCCUGUCCGAUUCGAGCAAAGGGAGUGGGAAAGAGAUCGUCGACACCCCCAGCACGUCGCUAUCUCAAGUCACUAACGCCACGCCAUCAUUACCAGAACUCUCCAUCAACCCCACCAAAUCAGUCCCACCACCCAUAGACUCCGGCGUCGAUGUCGCCACCGUUCAUGAUACACCGACUUUAACCAAACAGACAACUCGCCAUGACACCCCUUUCACAGCGGAAGAACUUGAGCGCGCCAUGUCACGGGUGACCGUACAGCGUCGCGACUAUGAUGAUGAACCUGCCGGCCCAACGAGAAGAAUGGGCAUCGCUUCAUGAAGGACAAGGGCCGAGAUCGAUCAAUGUUUGGUCGCGUGCUGUCGCCGGUCCCCCAAAGAUGACUUGUUUACGACUGAAUGUGGAAGUGUAUUGAUGAAAUAGGGUGUCUCUGUGUGAUUCUUUCUCCUCAGCGGCAUAUAUAGGAAAAGGCGGUGCAUCUUUGUGGCGUUGGGUCACGUUUAUAGUAGGAGAGGCAACCAUAGUGACUCCUGGAUGGUCUUGAUAUUCACAUAGAUAGGACCAUGGAUCUCUGGAUAGUCAUUGGCCCCAGGGAAAUCGGCCCCGGCGAGGAAAUGAAAUCCAAAAAUGCGAUAAGCCC